UCGAAACCUUUGCCCACUUUGAAAGAUGCAGAUUUCCUGACAGAUUUAUGCAAAAUACAUAUUGGUGAAGAAUCUAAGAAGAAGGUGUUAAAUACACUGGAAUGUGAUAUACAAUUCUUACAAGAAAACAAUUUGAUCGACUACAGUCUUCUAAUUGGUGUACAUGAUCCUGAGAUUGCACGCAGUAGUUUAAUUGAGAAGGCCGGUGGUGAUGAUGAUGAAGGAACUGGCGGUUUGGUUGGAGGAGUGUUAGAGCCUAACAGUCGAGGUUUGGAUGAUAGAAAAGUGUCUUCAGGUGAUGGUCUGGGAACACUUGCCUCACAAUGGCAAAGUGGUCGUUUGUCAAUGGCUAGAUCGAGUAUUGUACUUGGUCUGAGUCCAGAUGCUGCGGAAGCUUCUAGUUGUGGUGUUGGUGUUGGGACUGGAAAUGCGAGUACAGGUGAUGAUGAUGACGAAGAGGAAGAUGGGAUCAGUAUACCAGAGAAUAAUGCACAUCAACUGCCAUCAAGUGAAUUAACUCCACCCGAUAGUCCACCUGGUGUAGAAUGUCUACCUCAAUUAUUCUCAGGUGAAUUACAUCCCACUAUAGAACAUUAUGGAAUUAAUAUUAAUUCCAUAAUGUCUAUAGUGGGAUGUAAUUCACCUGAGAAUAAUUGA